AUGAAUACAAUCCACAGGUCGUCACACCCAAAUAAGCGUUACGGCAGGUACUGAAUGGAAGACAAAUAUCCCUGGAAACAGUAGUGUACGUUAUGUCUCCCAUAUGGCAUCAAGGCUAUUAUUACCCUUGACAAACCCCAUUCAGCUCACCAGGACAAACUGGUUAGUAUAUACGGAUUCUAUUAUUUUUCAUUCAUAUGAUAUUAGUGGCAUCAUUGACACUCUAAGUGUGCAACCAUACAGCAUAUUUGGCGGUCAGCAAAUAAUUUUUUGUUCAGCAUCAUGGAAAAAUCCUCCAGAAAGGAUGUUUCCAUUUCAAAAAAUGUCGUUAUGAUAAAAAACAGAACAAAUAUACUAGCCUUAAAAUUUUCAAAAUGUUUGUUUGAUAGCUUCUUGUUUUAAAUUAUUUUCCCCCUCUCUCCUUUGGCGUCAGAAAUAUUGGUGAAUCAGAGCACAGCAUGUAGAUAACGAUUUGAAGGAAUGCCUAAAUUUAUGAUGAAUAAAAUUUUCGUAAAUAAACAAAGCUAUUUAAUCUAUAUUGGAUUACAGUGUUUUCAAAAUUGAAAUUCAAAAUUCAUCAUUUUAGGGAAAAAUCAGUGCACCUCCUUGGUUCAAAAUAAUAAACAAAUGAGUCAUAUUCCCGCUGAAGACUAUCCCUAUCAAGUCUGACGAAAAGCUUACCACCAGCACCUAAUCCAGGUUUUUGCUGCAUAAGCCCCUGCGUAUAUGGAUCAAUGGGCGAUGAUCUUUGUGCUACACCCAAAUUCACUUCGCUCUUAAUGUCCUACAAUUAGCACAAAAAAUGAGGAACCGCCAAAUCUACAACAUGAAUUAUAAACAACCACUAGACAGGUGUAAAGUAAAAAUAAAUAGUUCAAGUAGUUACAGUUGUUUGUUGAGUCCUUGCCUGAAUUUGCUGUAGUGCUCCAGAGACACCACCUGGGUUACCAGGGACUAAUGGCCUGCUUUGGCAGAAAAGACAUAGAUAACAAAAAAAAAUCCAGUAGAAAGUCAUAAAACUUGAGAACUAGUGUCCCAUGAAAUUAGGUAAAAGUUGUUACCCUGGAUGGUUAGUUGCUGACUUUAGAAGUGCCAUCCUGUUAGCAUCAAAUUGUUGAGAAGACUCGGAUUCAAGAGAGUGUGGAAUCUUCAUACGUUCUUCGUAGAGUUUGGCAGCAUAAACACUAGCAGUUGACGGUCCCAGUAUACCAUCUGAGUUAAUAGCAUUCAUAGAACCGCCCAAUGAUGGAUGAUUCGUAUCCCUUCGCAGUUGUGCUUGCCGUUGCUGUAUGAGCUGCAGUUGCUGCAUCUGUAGCUGUUGCUGA